UGGUAGUUUGGAUAUUCUCUCUUUCUUCUGCAUCCGUUGGCGUCCUAUCCAUUGGCUCCAUCUCGCCGCCCCCGACACUCCUGCAACCUGCUGCUCGCGCCGCCAUUCCCACGUCAAGUUCGCCGCUUGCGCAGCUGCUUCGCCCAGAGGAGCGCCAGGCGGAGCACGCCCUCGCCACCGACGGGAGUAACGCCAGACUGGCAUCGAGCCGAGGUGAACUGAAGCUUCCACUGUCUCUUUCCCCUCCGAAUGUGCCAUGGAUGCGUCCUCUUCAUCUUCAGUUCUUCCAUCCACGUCGGAUCCGCCUGAUCCGCCUGAUCCGAGCAGCAUUUCAAAAACAUGUCAUGUCAAGGAGAUCAGUGAUCGCGGCACGUUCAUCAUGUCUGGGGAUAUUCAAGGGCCUGCCCCUCUAAUCUAUUUUUGCAAUGUCCUUCUCCUCCAACAUAAAUUGCAAUUUGAGUCUAGGGAAACGGAAAUCCAGGAGGAUGCUCUGUAUGAAAAGCUUAUGGAGAUUGCAUUAGAUGGUUUUAUCUUUCCAAAGCCGCUCAUUAAGAAAACAUUGAUCGACUUGUCAAGUGAAUAUGAGCUCAUACCUUUGUUCUCUGGUGCUACUAUAUUUAAAGACAUGGAUGCUUUCGAGAAUAGAGGCAUUAAAGCUUUUCGUGUCAGGUUUUUGCACGGGUUAACAUUUGACCCCGAGGAUAAACAGCUGAAGGAUCACAUUGGUGUAAGGAAGUAUGACUAUCUUAUCGACUCAUUGGGAAAAAAGGAAAAAAGAAGCGCAGAGAGAAAUACAGAACUUUCCACAGGCUGGAGAUUGUUCAAGAAUUUAGUGGACUUGGGUAACCCCUAUAGUAUUUCAUCAAUACGCGAAAGCAUUCGGGACUUUGGUGUCUUCUACCGGAAAGGUUUAUUUAGUACCAUCACCAAACAUGAUGAAGAGCUGUACGUGCUACAUCCAGGUGCUAGUCACUUUGCCAACGAUGUGGUAUGGCAAAAGUUGACUGCGUUAACUGAUAUGGAGAAUGGAUUGGCAUCGGGCUUCUUCAAUGGCCGCUUUGAAUCAUUUGAUCUGCCAGGUUUCGUGGAACUUCCCAUGGUGGUUGAUAAAACCAAGCGUGCGCGGGCUGAAAAUGAAGGAUUCAUUGGAAUAACUGAAAGACAUAAAAACUUUGACCCUCUGAAAGCAGAUACAGUCCAAGCUACUAGGAAUAAUGUAAAGAAAAACUCUCGUCUGGCUAAAAAUUUUGCUGGGAAACUUCUUGGUCAGCAAUUUCCAGUAGUCUUCUCAGAAUAUUUGAAGAUUUAUAGAAUUAUUGUGGAAGCAUCAGCAUCUGUCACCAUUGCAGAAGACCCUUUGAAGGAUUUGAGGUCCUUGAAAGGAGCUAUUUUGGAGUUGCUGUAGACAUAUCUGAACAACGCCGAAUCGCCUGAGGAACACGAGGAAAACUAUAUUGCCCCUUUGGUGGACAUUGUACUUGAAGAUUACUUUGCGAAUGCACCAGAUAUAAUGCCAUGUGAAUUUAGAUACUUAUCAGCGACGGUCAUCAAAAA